GGAAGAUUUCAUUCUUAUUUAGAAUGAGUAAACAAAAAAGAAAUUUAUUUGAAUCUUUGAAUGUACUUUAUUUUUUAGCUAGCUAAAAAAUAAAAGAAGAGAAAAAACUCUCUGAUGAAUGCUAAUGAAUGGAAUGUUUGAAGCUAAAUGAAAUAAAUGAGUACACGAGAUGCCUCCCCAUACGGGGAUCAACAUAAAAAAAGGGGAUAUGGCGAAAUUGGUAGACGCUACGGACUUAAUUAGAUUGGGCCUUGGUAUAGAAACUUACUAAGUGAUGACUUUCAAAUUCAGGGGAACCCUGGAAUUAAUAAAAGGGGCAAUCCUGAUCCAAAUCCUUUUGAAAAAACUUAAAGGAUAGGUGCAGAGACUCAACGGAAGCUAUUCUAACAAAGGGAUUUGACUAAACUAACUACUUUAAUAUUCAUUGAAUUUAUUGAAUCAUUAAUUCCAUAAUAGAUUCUGAAAUUUCGAUUUUACGAACCAAACUUCUGAAUGGGACAAGAAUAAAGAGAGAGUCCUUUUCUACAUGUAAAUACAUACAAAAAUGAAAGUUUUAGUAAGAGGAAAAUCCGUCGACUUUAAAAAUCGUGAGGGUUCAAGUCCCUCUAUCCCCAAAAAACCUAGUAGAUUCCUAUCCUUAUCCCCUCCCUUUGUCUUUUUAGUGGUGGUUUUUUGUGGUUGUUUAAAGUGAAAAACUAAAGUCUAAAGGUCCUUUUAUUAUUUUAUUAUAAGUUCUAAUAAGUCUUAUUCCUGUGAGCGAUUUUGAAUACUUGAAUUCAAAAGUAACAUAUUUGAGUUUUGAAGUGAAAAUAAAACUCAAUUUUAGGACUUUUCUAAAAGUUUGUAAUCCGCUUUUUAUCUUUUCAUUGCAUUGAUAUUGAUAUAGAAUUGUAGAAUGUAGAAUUGAUAUAGAUAUAGAUAUAUAUCCCACGACCUAAUCAAAUGAGUAUCUAUCUUGGGAAUGGUCGGGAUAGCUCAGCUGGUAGAGCAGAGGACUGAAAAUCCUCGUGUCACCAGUUCAAAUCUGGUUCCUGGCAUUACGAUUUCUUUAUCUAUCAAAUAUCAUAUAUAUAACAUAAAAAAAAGAGAUGGGUAGAGUUUCGUAAGGUUCUAUUAAGGUUUUAUAUUGCUAUUUCUUCUUUUUAUUCAAUUUGAACAUUUCAAUAUCAAACGUUAUAUAGAAAAUAGGGUUUUCCGUUUAUCAUCCAUAUUAGUAUUUAAAUUUAUGUUUAUAUUAAAUUUAUAUUAAAAUAUAUCUAUUCUAAAUAUUUCCGUUAAAAUCCAUAUGAAAUAUUAUAUAUGAAUAUAAAAUAUAUGAUAUAUGAUCUAGAUAGGUUAAAUAUGAAAUUAAAUAUUUAAUAGGUGGUUCUUUUCAAGUUAAAAAAGCAUAGCUCAAAUCUGAAAUCAGAAACAUAAUAAAAAAAAAAGGCUUUAUUUAUAUUAAGAUUUAUCUUAAGGAGAUAUUACGAUGAACAAUUGGGAGGAUAACUUUUGGAUUGUUGAACAGAGAGCGAUACUUAGAAAUAGACUGAUAGUGGACACUAAAGAAAGUUAAUUCUAGUGAUAAUAGGAGAGAAGAUAGUGAUAGAGAUAAUGACACAGAUAAUUCUAGAGCGACGAGGGAGGGGACUUAUAGAAAUUAAAAAUAAAGGCAUCAUAAUAGAAUAUCAGAGUACACAGCAACAAUACAUAUGUAUUGAAAUACUAAACAAUAAUAAAAAAAAAGGAGUAUUUAUGUCGCGUUAUCGGGGACCUCGUUUCAAAAAAAUACGCCGUCUUGGGGCUUUACCAGGGCUAACUAAUAAAAAGCCUAGCGAUAUACGGGAUCUUCGAAACCAAUCUCGUUCCGUGAAAAAAUCUCAAUAUCGUAUUCGCCUAGAAGAAAAACAAAAAUUGCGUUUUCAUUAUGGUCUUACAGAACGUCAGUUAAUUAACUACGUUCGGAUUGCCGGAAAAGCCAAGGGGUCCACAGGGGAAGUUUUACUCCAAUUACUUGAAAUGCGUUUGGAUAACAUACUUUUUAGAUUGGGUAUGGCUUCUACUAUUCCUGCAGCUCGUCAAUUAGUUAACCAUCGACAUAUUUUAGUGAAUGAUCGUAUAGUCAAUAUACCCAGUUAUCGCUGCAAACCUCGAGAUAUUAUUACGCCGAAGAAUAACCAAAAAUCAGUAGGAGAUCUUUUUCAAAAUUAUCACGAGGAAUUACCAAACCAUUUAACCAUUCACCCAGCGCCGUAUAAAGGCUUAGUAAAUAACAUAAUAGAUACUAAAUCGG